AUGACGCAAAGCACGCUAUUGCUAUUAUUCCUAUGUGUUUUUAGCGCGACGAAUGCGCUGUAUUUUAAAGUAGAAAUAGAGGGCCAUCGCUGCUUUUUAGUGGAUGUACCAGCUCAGACGUCGAUCCGAGCUGAGUACGAGUCUCCCGAUACAACCGACGUUAUGAAGACAAUGCUUACACUCUAUGCUCCAAAAUUGGACGAGGAAGAGGAUAUCUCGCUCGUGAAGGAGGAAAGGACGAACCAAAAGGGCUCAAUGUCGUUUACAGCGCAACAGAACGGGAUUCAUUCGAUCUGCGUCAGUCUUGAUUCGUCAAACUAUGCGCUGCCUGAGAAUGCAUCAAUGCGAUUUGCGCUGAAACUGGCAAUGGGCUGGAGCCACGAGGAAUACCAGAACCUUGCCAAGAAAAACCAGAUGGAUGAUCUUCACUUGAAAAUCAUGAAACUGCGCGAUCGCGUGACGGCUAUUCAGCGCAAUCAGGACUAUGCCAAGGAAAAAAGCUUGACGCUACAAUCUUCUAUCGAAAGCAGCAACCAGCGCACCACGUGGGUAUCAUUGGUGCAGAUUGCAAUCUUGCUUGUCACCAGCUUUUAUCAGGCAAGACACCUCAAAGGAUACUUUCACAAGAAAAAGCUUGCUGGCGGUGCUUUAGCUUUAGGCCGCUAUAGAGGGGAACCAGGAUGUAAGUAUAUAGCUCUUUCGAUCACUGUAUGGCUUUCGCAUGCCCCAAACACUCUAUCCUACAAGCGUCUGCUUAUUGGGAAGAAGACAUAG